AAAAAUCCUAGCAUGCAUGAAACUUGAUACGCGAGAAUCUGAGACAGGCCCCACAGCAAGCUAGCGCGGCAUCACUGCGCGGUCAUCGAACAUAUCUCAGCCGCCACAUCCCUAUUUUGUUUGAAUAUUCAAUUUCUAUCCACUAUUCAUCUUCUUCUUCUUCUGUUUCUCAUCUAGGGUUUCUAUUCCAUUUCCAUGGCCACCGCAAUUCGAACUCCCUUCUUCUCUCCCACCACCACCACACGCUCUCCCUCUUCACAAAACCAACCUCUCCUCCGCCUCCAUUUCCCUCAUUCCUCUAAACCCAAAUUCUCCAUUUCCUGCUCCUCUCAGUCUCAGUCUCAAUCUCAAUCUCAACCCCAAUCCCAACCAGAACCCCUUCGCCAACGUCCUCCUUACAUCCCCAACCACAUCCCUGACUCUUCCUAUGUUCGCAUCUUCGACACCACUCUCCGCGACGGCGAACAGUCCCCCGGAGCCUCCAUGACUUCCAAGGAAAAACUCGACAUUGCUCGCCAGCUUGCGAAGCUUGGUGUAGAUAUCAUUGAGGCUGGAUUUCCCGCUGCCUCUAAAGACGACUUCGAAGCCGUUAAAAUGAUUGCCACUGAAGUCGGAAACGCUGUCGACGAAAACGGUUAUGUCCCUGUCAUUUGUGGUCUCUCCAGAUGUAAUGAGAAGGAUAUUCAAAGGGCUUGGGAUGCAGUUAAACAUGCUAAGAGACCAAGGGUUCACACUUUCAUUGCUACUAGCUCCAUUCAUAUGGAGUAUAAACUCAGAAUGACCAGAGAACAGGUCAUUGAAAAAGCACGCAGUAUGGUUGCAUUCGCCCGUAGUUUAGGCUGCCAAGACGUUGAGUUCAGUCCCGAAGAUGCUGGAAGAUCGGAUAGAGAGUUUCUGUAUCAAAUUCUUGGAGAAGUUAUUAAGGCAGGGGCUACUACACUCAACAUACCUGACACUGUUGGAAUAACUAUGCCGAGUGAAUUCGGGAAACUGAUUGCUGAUAUAAAAGCUAAUACACCCGGAGUUGAGAAUGUUAUUAUUUCCACUCACUGUCAGAAUGAUCUUGGACUUUCUACUGCUAACACCAUUGAGGGUGCUCGGGCCGGUGCUAGGCAGCUGGAAGUCACCAUUAAUGGGAUUGGUGAAAGGGCUGGAAAUGCCUCCUUGGAAGAGGUUGUGAUGGCCCUGAAAUGCGGAGGACAUAUCUUCAACAAUCUCCACACUGGAAUCAAUACAAGGCACAUUUAUAUGACAAGCAAAAUGGUUGAAGAGUACUCUGGUUUGCAGUUACAACCACACAAGGCUCUUGUGGGAGCUAAUGCUUUUGCUCAUGAAAGUGGCAUACAUCAGGAUGGAAUGCUUAAACACAAAGGUACAUACGAAAUCAUAUCACCGGAGGAUAUUGGACUUGAAAGAACCAAUGAAGCUGGUAUUGUAUUGGGGAAACUUAGCGGACGCCAUGCUAUGAGGAAGCGACUUGAAGAGCUUGGAUACGAACUUAAAGACGACCAAGUUGAGAGUUUGUUUUGGCGUUUCAAAGCUGUGGCUGAGCAAAAGAAGAGGAUUACUGAUGCUGAUCUCAGAGCAUUGGUAUCGGAUGAAGUUUUUCAGGCAGAGCCUAUCUGGAAGCUUGCUGAUAUACAGGUGACUUGUGGAACUCUUGGUCUCUCAACAGCAACAGUUAAACUUGUUGGUGAUGACGGUAGCACGCACGUUGCUUGUUCUGUUGGUACUGGGCCUGUGGAUUCAGCGUACAAAGCUGUUGAUCUGAUUGUGAAGGAACCAGCAACUCUUCUUGAAUACUCCAUGGUCGCAGUCACUGAAGGCAUUGAUGCAAUUGCGACUACCCGAGUUUUAAUUCGGGGGGAAAGCAAUCAUGCAUCUACUCACACGUUAACUGGAGAAAGUGUUCAGCGAACUUUUAGUGGGACUGGAGCAGGAAUGGAUGUUGUUGUUUCAAGUGUCAAGGCCUAUAUUGCUGCAAUAAACAAGAUGCUGAGCUUCAAGGAAACACCAUCUGCUGAAAAAAUCCCAGUCAAUGCAUCAAAUGUUUCAUAAUUUGUGGUAUUGCUUUCGUAAUGAAUGUAAUGUAAUGUAAUAGUGUUUGGUUUACUUUUUAGAAGCUCUAAGACUUAGCUUCACAUCAAUGUGGUUUGUUGAAGUAAUAUGAGUCAAUGUGAUGCAGUCCCAAACACAUACUAAAUUAUGUACUUUAGUGAUAUGCCGAUUGAUGGAGUGUUUUGUUUUGGAAAAUGAUUGUUGGCACGACAGCCAACGAGCACGAGUGUAAACGAACUAAUAAUAAUCAUCAUCAGAUGAAUUGCUUUCCUAUUUUCA